AUGUCCAGUGCUUCACCUCAACAACAGCAACAAGUUCGAUCUUCUGAUCCAAUAGGUCCUAAUGUUGAAGAUUUAUAUUUGGAAAGUUAUGCAUUCACCACUGCCGCAGCCAUUGUUGGUGCGGUAGAUCGAAAGAUAUUUGUCUUGUUAAGAGAUGGAAGAAAUCUUUUUGGUAUAUUGAGAACUUUUGACCAAUUUGCAAAUCUAGUAUUACAAGACACGUUUGAAAGAAUAUAUUUACAAGAAGAAGGGGAAGCACCAGCUCGUUUCGGUGAAGUAUAUCGUGGAGUAUUUAUGGUUAGAGGGGAAAAUGUUGUUAUGAUGGGUGAAUUGGAUAUUGAUAGAGAAGAUGAUCAUUUGGAAAAGUUACAACAAAUUUCAUUUGAACAAGCCGAACAUGAAUUGAAAAUGAAACACCAAACAAGGAUAAAAGAAGAAAAGGUGAAAACGAAAAACUUGUUACAAACAGGACUUAUUAAUGAUUUUUACAAAACAGAUAUGUAUUAA